UGGAACUGGGCUCUUACUGCUAGGCGGAGCACGGCGGAUUGUAUUGAGUGGCAUUAUUAUGAUUUUGCUAGUUUAUUGCUAACAUUUGUGAAAAUAGUUAUAUGUUACUCCUGUGUAUAUGAAUGGAUACAAUGGGGUAAUGUGGACCCGUCUUUCCCUGAUCGGAUGUGACUUCGAAAGGUACUUGCACUGUUCUUGGCUUGGGGCAGAGAGAAUAAGCAAGAAAAGGGGAUGGAAAAGGUGACUGCUCUGCACUUGUUAUCAGCGACCACUUUUAACACCCUCGCUGAGAGAGACUGAGAGGAAGUGAAGGGAAUCCUCUGGUGUACACACAAUAGACUGAGAAAAAGAGAAAUCAUCCAGAGCUAUAAGCCACACUUCAUAAAGCAGAGGAAAUGGCUUUCUUGGACAAUCCAGCCAUCAUUCUGGCCCACAUCAGACAGUCUCAUGUGACCAGUGAUGAUACAGGAAUGUGUGAGAUGGUACUAAUAGACCAGGAUGUGGAUCUGGAGAAGUGCCAGCUGGCUCUGGUGCCCGGCAGCAGCUGUGGGUCUACAGAGUCGGGGUCCAUGAGCGAGGGAGGCAGCAGCGUGACAGACAGUCAUGCCUGUGAUCUCUCCCAGUCCAUGGACAUCACCUCCAGCUGGGACUUUGGCAUCCGUCGGCGCUCCAACACAGCACAAAGACUUGAAAGGUUAAGGAAAGAACGGCAGAACCAAAUCAAAUGUAAAAACAUUCAGUGGAAAGAGAGGACAUCCUCCCAAUCAGUUGAAGAUCUGGGGACUUUGUUUGAAAAACGGGACUUUAAAGACAGGCCGCGAACAGCAGGUACCAAAUCCACCCUCUCACUGCGGCUGGAGCAGUGUCCCCAGCAGCUCAACAACCCCUUCAAUGAAUACUCCAAAUUUGAUGGCAAGAACUGCAACCUACCUGGAGUGCCCAGAAGUACAAGGUGUUCAGUGCUCAGAGACAUGGCCAAGACGGACCAGAUGGAUGGGCCCGUGGCUGGAUCAGUAAUGGGCACAGAGCUCCACUUCGACUCAGAAGACAGCAAGGUGGAGGUGGGGUAA